AGACGUGAUGCAACGGUGGAACCCGAAAGGCUGAACGUAUCCAGUGGCCGUUCUCUGCUCCCCAGUUGAUCCUGAUCCGCACGCUAGCAUCAGAUCUGCCCAAGUGUAUCUGCGAUCUCCCAGAGCUAGUACCUGCUUUGAUCACCCCCUUCCCUGGGUCCAUUACGUACCCAACGUUCUACAACCGAGGAGGCCGUAGAAUAAUCCCAUUAUUUUUUUUCUCAACCCCCACUAUCCAUCUCCCCAUUUCCUGGAACGUGUUACUGCAAGGAUCUCUGUGCAGAUGCCGACGGUCCACUUUCCCCGGCCGGAUGAUCUCUCGCCGUUUCUUGUUUGUCCCUUUCUAUCAAUGAAUCCCGUUGUAUGCUUUCAUUGGGCUGGAUUUUUCGAAUUUUGUGAUUUAUUUUCGCUCCCUUUAUUUUGACUUUUAGUCGAUCUGCUCUGGAUUUCUGAUCUCCAAUUUGUGAUGCACACACAGCAUUGACGGCCGCCUUGACUAGAUCCCGGAAAGACGGUCACCGAUUCAUUGAUGCGCUCAUCACUCCGGUACUUUGGCCGGUGGCGACAUCUACUAGCUCCAUCAUUUUUCAAGGCCUAAUCUGGAACUAUGAAAGCCGUGAUAUAGUUGGCAGCAAAUGGGUCUCGGCCGCUUGCCGGGAGGUAUAUGAAGACCGGAUGAAGCACUUCAGUCAAGAAACCCUUUUACCAAGCAUCAUUCUUCCGAAUUCAAAUCCUUCAUAAUUCUAAGCUUUCCGCUACAUCAACCUUUCUUGUCAACCUCAGUCUCCGUUGAUGAACGGUCCCUGCUACCCCUCCAAACUAUAUCGCCAGAUCCACUCCAUUUAUACUCUCACCAACUCUGUGAUCCUUUCGUUCCCCGAUUGGUUCAGAGCAGUUCCCUUGAACAUCGGUUUUCAUAUUCGCCGAAAGAUUUAGUCCAACCUAAAACUAUCAGAUCUCUCAAGAACAAUGGCUGCUCCUCGUGAAUUCGGUUUGACAUUCGAAGCUGCCCCGCCAGCCGCAGUCCGCCCCGGUCUCCCCUUCACUGUCCCCGUCAUAGUCGCCGUACGACCUAUCGGAACACCCUCUCGCACAGUCCAACUCGUCGCCAGCGCCAGUCUCCGCAACGAAACCAGUACCAGCACCGCCAUUGGCCUCGGCGGUAAUUUGACGGCGAUGGUGCGGAGCCGCACCGAACCUUCAAUGAGCGGCUAUGCCAAAUUCGCCGGCCUGACCAUCUCGCGACCUGGCAAAUAUCGCAUCCGCGUCAUGCUCAGCACGUCCUCCGUGAACGGCGUUAUGACCAAGGAAUGUGUUGAUUCGGGAGUUAUCCAUGUGCACGCCGCUGCGCCGGCAGCCCAAAGGCCAAGUGGGUCACUCUCGUUUCUGUCCCUUUUAUCCUAUCCUAUCAAUCCAAUGACCCUACAUGGGUCUCGGCCUUUUGUCUCCACUCUCCUUUUCCCAAAAGCCUUUCUCGCCGCGAUGAAUAACGCCGUGGUAUUGGGUGCUUUCCGGGACUUGGGAGUGUUCCCCCCUGCGAUUGCCGUUUCUGGACACUUGCUGAUGUUUAGAAAAACUCUAGCUCCCACCACGGUGGCAACAUUGCAACGGCUGACGGCUGAAAAUUUGGAUAUCACAGUGGCGGAUAUCGCGAAAUGGCAGAGUGCGUAA